AUGGGUAUACCAGAACUCUGGCAGCUUUUCGACAAAGCUGAAAUCGGAGAGAAUAUCUCAACUGCUGCGUUUGCCGCCCAACAUUUUGAGAGGGAAAGAAGGCCCCUUAGAAUAGCAGUUGAUGUUUCUAUCUGGAAGUUCAAGUGUUAUUUAGAUAAAAAGGAAGUGGAAGCCAUUCGUAAAAAGGUCCCACCUGCGAAUCCAAACGAGAAGAACAUUUUCUACAAGAUAUUGAAACUUCUUAAGUUGAAUGUCCAAUUGAUUUUUGUCGCGGACGGCAGUAAUCGACCAAAAGAGAAAUAUGGUGGGCAAUCGCCAUGGUACAAAUAUCUUUCACAGGAUGACAAACUUCUCAAAAAGACAGUGACUUCCCUAGGCGUAAUAUGGCAUGAAGCACCCGGUGAAGCCGAGGCUGAGUGCGCAGCUUUGCAAAGCCGUGGGGUAGUUGAUGUCGUUUGGACAGAAGAUUCGGAUGCGUUCAUGUUCGGAUGCACAUCUCUAAUACGUUUCUGCCAUGUUAAAAAACCCAAAGUAAAGAGGCCUGGAAACAAUCAAGAUUGGGUCAACGAAUCUGAUGAGACAAGGCGAGAGGUUGACCUCGAUAAUAUCAUUAUUUAUCGAGCAGAUAAAAUACAAAAACAAUUCCCAGGCUUGACUCGAGAUGGUCUUGUGUUAUUCGCUGUCUUGAAGGGGGGUGAUUACAGCAAAGACGGCAAAAGUCUUACAAACUGUGGCGCUGCUCUAGCGUUACAAAUAGCGACUGCGAAGGAAGGUUUUGGCGAAGACCUUUGCAACGCAUCUCAUGCACAAUUUCCAACUUGGAGAAACAGACUUCGCGAAUAUCUUGCACGCAUCAACAAACGGAUUGACGUACCAGAUAACUUUCCGGACACUCGCAUUGUUGGGCUUUACAACAAGCCCUUAGUCUCACCCGAGAGAAUUACGAGCGAUAUUGGAAAGUUUUGGAACCCCUCUUUUGAUGAGAUGGAGUUACAAAGAUUCAUCGCUCCUAUGUUCAAUUUUUGGGUAGCUGAAUAUAUCAAAUAUAUUAUACCUAUUCUUCUCGUCCGUUCUCUUGCAUCUACGCAGCCAGGGCAAGAAGCGAGUAACAACUGCUACAAACUUAAUGUCAUUACCAAGAAGAAAUCGCCCGUCCUUCAGAAGAAUGUAGAAGUACUGCUAUCCGCGGUAACAUUCAUGGACGUACAAGCUUGGAGACAUGAGUUCACGAAUCAAGGUCGAAACGGAAAAGUAGCACCAGUCACUGAGAUGGUCAAGUGUGAGGAUUUACUGGCUUGUGUUAUUGAACAUGGUACCAAAAAAGCUCUUCCACCAGCUAUACCAUCCUCUGAGCGCAAUAAAAUUGUGGUGUCUCCCGAGACAAUUUCCAAAGGUAAAAAACGUGCCGGAUCGCCAAUAGCUCUGACCAACACUGUCUCUUCGCCACAUCAACAGCCACCACUAAAGAGAGCUAAAAUUUCACAUCAAGCUCGAAAUAUCUCUUCGUCUAGCAAGGAGAAUCCAGUGCGGAAGUUGGCAGGAUUGGAUAGGAAUCCGAAAUACCCUCAACUGAGAGAUACAAAUAAAUCUUCGAGUACAACCAUCGACCUCACACUCAAUGACUCUUCGGACGAAGAGAACCAGACUCCCACUACCAGUGCUCGCAAUAACAACUUUACCCCUAUCUCAUCACAAAACUCACAACUGGAUACCAUCCGUGAAGCUCGACUUAGGCAUUUCGGUUCUGAUAAGUCUAAGCCAGUAUCUACACCAACAGCUCAAAAGUACAUUCAUAGCGUAUCGCCAAAUGCACACGGAAUCUCCAAAGUCUCACCACUCGCUAACAAACCUCUUCCUCCGGGUAUUAAGGACGACGAUUUUGAUGGGUUCUUUUCUGAUUCAUCUAUUUGA